AUGAGGGAGAUCAUUAAUCUACAAGCCGGCGCUUGUGGGAAUCAAAUUGGAGGGAAGUUCUGGGAGGUGAUAUCCGAUGAGCACGGGAUCGACCCGAGCGGCUGCUACCACGGCGACUCCGAUCUGCAACUAGAGCGAAUCAACGUGUACUACAACGAGGCUUCUGGCGGGAAAUAUGUGCCGCGGACAGUUCUGAUCGACCUUAAGCCGGCCACCAUGGAUGCUGUACGCUCCGGGCCCUUCGGCUGCCUGUACCGGCCCGACAACUUCGUUUACGGGCAGAACGGGGCCGCCAACAACUGGGCCAGGGGUCACUACACCGAGGGCCAGGAAAUCCUCGAGUCGUCGCUGGACGUGAUCCGCCGCGAGGCGGAGGGCUGCGACUGCCUCCAGGGCUUCCAGAUGACGCACUCUUUGGGCGGCGGCACCGGCUCUGGCCUGGGCACGCUGCUGGUGAACAGGAUCCGCGAGGAGUACCCCGACCGGAUCAUCCUGACCUUCUCCGUGUUCCCCAGCGCGCGCGUCUCCGACUGCGUGGUGGAGCCGUACAACACCACGCUGGCGGUGAACCAGCUGGUGGAGAACACCGACCACACGUUCUGCUUGGACAACGAAGCGCUGUACGACAUCUGCUUUCGGACGCUGAAGCUCACAACGCCCACGUACGGCGACCUGAACCACUUGAUCUGCGCCACAAUGUCGGGCAUCACGACGUGCCUCCGCUUCCCCGGCCAGCUGAACGCCGACUUGAGGAAGCUGGCGGUGAACAUGGUGCCGUUCCCGCGGCUGCACUUCUACACGCCGGGCUUCGCGCCGCUGACGUCCAGGGGCGCGCAGCAGUACCGCGCCCUCACCGUGCCCGAGCUGACGCUGCAGAUGUUCGACGCGAAGAACAUGAUGGUGGCGUGCGACCCGCGCCACGGCCGCUACCUCACCGUCGCGACGAUAUUCCGCGGCCGCAUGUCCAUGAAGGAGGUGGACGAGCAGCUGGUCAACAUCCAAAACAAGAACAGCACGUACUUCGUCGAGUGGAUACCGAACAACGUGAAGAUAGCCGUGUGCGACAUCCCGCCGCGCGGCCUUAAGAUGUCGUCCACGUUCAUCGGGAACACGACCGCGAUUCAGAGCAUAUUCAAGCGGGUGGGCGAGCAGUUCGUGGCUAUGUUCAGGCGGAAAGCCUUCCUCCACUGGUACACCGGCGAGGGCAUGGACGAGAUGGAGUUUACGGAAGCCGAGAGCAACAUGAACGACCUGAUAUCGGAGUACCAGCAGUACCAGGAUGCGACCGCGGACGACGAGGGAGAGUUUGACGAGGAAGCGGAGGGGGAAGGCAUGGAGGAAGAG